CGGACAAGUUUCACAUAAUGCUUCACGUCCGUGGUGGACUUCCAGAAGCUGCAUGUUCGACACGAUGAUAUGGAUUUAUGUGGCAGUGCGACUGAGGGCUACGUGACGGCGGGAGCCCCGCCUCAUCUGGCGUGACGUCACACUCUUGCGCAGCGUCCUCCGACCGACUGCAGCCGAGUACGAGUCGUCCGUCCUCACCGCCCUGUUCCGUUAUCUUCACCAAAAAUUGAGGCGGCGUCUGUGUCGCCGACGGGCGGAUGCUGUAUUCUACGAUUGUAUUUCCGUCACGUGCGUCCUCGAUGAGUCCGCUCUUUCCCUGCGGUGACCGCGGAGCAUGAAGCAGGCAGAUCAUGGAAGACGGAAAGAGGACGACAUGCACCAACAAAUUAUCCAAAAUCAUCCUGCUCUUUCUGUUCCUGUCUUUGUCUGGGCUCGCCCUGCUGCUGCACAACAUCAGCUCUGUGGAGAAUUUGAACUGCCACACCGUCUCAGCCCUCUACCAGCUUCAGACGCGGCUCCAGUCUUCCAUGACGGCCGGCCUCCCCACUUUCCACCACAACCUCACCUACUGCGCGCAGCUGGGCCAGAAACCAACCGCCGAAGAUGAGCUGGAGGACCAGUACCUGCAGCACUUGCUGUCCUGGCCUCUGUUCCCGUCACGGAGCGGUGGCCCGCUGCCCCUGCGGUUCACCAGCGACCCGGUUCACAGCAUGUUCACCAUCCUUCCCACCAAAAGAGGAACGGAGUGGCAUGUGGGCGAUCAGCUGGAGGCCUUGGUCCAGAUGCACGACUUCCAGGGGCGACCCAAGCACUACGGCGGGGACUUCCUCUUGGCCCGGCUCCACACGCCGGAGAUCGGAGCCAGCGUGGCAGGAGUGGUUCUGGACCACAAAAACGGAUUCUACUCGGCUCUGUUCCCGCUCCUCUGGGAAGGUCCGGCCAUAGUUGAGAUCACCAUGGUGCACUCCAGCGAGGCCGUGGCUGUGCUGAAGCGGUUGCAGGACGAGCGACCCGACCGAGUCUUUUUCAAGAGCCUCUUUCGUCUGGGCCUCCUCUCGGAGACCACCGUGUGCAACAUGUGCCUUCCUAAGGAGCAGAGGCCGCUGUGCAACUUCACGGACCCUCACACGGGCGAGCCCUGGUUCUGCUACAAGCCCAAGGUGCUCGGCUGCGACACCAGAGUCAACCACGCCAAGGGGGGCUACCUGAAGCACAUCAUCUCCGACAAAGAAGCGCUGCUCUUUCAGAGCGGCGUGAACCUCAAAGUUUACAUCGGCUCUUCAGGCACCAACAAAGUCACCGUGCUCCCGUUCAGCAAAGAUGAAGCCGACAGUGGGAGCGUGUACCCAGAACAAUUCAAAGCCUCACCCUCGGGCUACUACUACGAGGACUCCUGGAGGCCCUUCGGAGACAUCAACAUGCGCCAGUUCUCCAAUGCCGCAGCCGUGACUCAGUGUUUGAGCAACAAAAUUAUCUACAUGUUUGGGGACUCCACCGCCAGGCAGUGGUUCGAGUACCUCACCUCCUUCACACCAGAUUUGAAGGAGUUUAACUUGUCCAGUCCCAAAAAUGUGGGACCCUACAUGGCGGUCGACAGUGACAACAACAUCCUGCUGAAGUAUCGCUGCCACGGGCCGCCGAUCCGCUUCUCCACCGUCCUCUCCAGCGAGUUGCGCUACGUGGCCAACGAGCUGGACGGCCUGUCGGGCGGCCCCAACACGGUGGUGGUCCUCAGCGUCUGGUCCCACUUCAGCACUUUCCCCACAGAGGUCUACAUCCGCCGGCUCCGCCACAUCAGGCGCGCGCUGGUGCGCCUCAUGGGCCGAGCGCCGGGCACCAUGGUGGUGAUUCGUUCGGCCAAUCUCCAGGCUCAGGAGGAGGAGGUCAGCCUGUACAACAGCGACUGGUUCUCCCUGCAGCAGGACACCGUCAUCAAGUCCAUGUUUAAGGGGCUAGACGUCCUGCUGGUGGACGCCUGGGAAAUGACUUUGGCACACCACUUGCCACACCACCUCCACCCGCCUCCGGAAAUCAUCAAGAAUAUGAUAGACAUGCUUUUGUCCUACAUCUGUCCUUGAGACGGGACCGGUUUCUGACACUGAGAAGUGGGGCGGCCUCGCGGAAGGAGUGUCGCCUGCUCUUGUUACAGACUCGUAAUUGUGAACUGACGAUGGGUUGGCAUCCAAAAGAGAAGUAUUAAAACUGAGUUGAGCUCUAACACAGUCCAAAACUUGACCUGCCGAUGGAAACUCGCUGGCCCGGUGACUGACUAGCAGGGGGAACAAGUUGGUCUGGGUCGCCAUAAUGAAAACACGUGUGCCAUGAAAUGAAGCGAGGACAAAACAGCCUGCUCUCACUCCCAUAUUGAGAGUUGUCAAGCAGACUUUUUUGUCCCACGGUGACGCAGAAGUCAGCCUUUCCUGGCUUUAAGCUUGACUCACGAUGCGACGCUGAUGUGAUCUCACAGGGGCAGCUAAUAGGCUUGUGAGCGAUGUAGGAGCAGCGUAUUGACAACAGUUUGUGUGUUAUGUUUACAAGGGUGUUAUUCAAUUUAGCUUUUUUUAACUGCUAAUUCAUAUGAGAGAGAAGGCGCCUGCUGGUGCGGAUCCGAAGUCGACGAGCCAGUUUAGUCUGAAUUGCGAUAUUGAGAUGCCAUGGUUCUGAAUAAAACCUGUGUUGCUGCCAAAUCUUCUUGUGUUUGGAAGAUGACGGAAGGAAUUUUAAGACUCGGCUGCUCGCACCAAACCAGUUGGUCAAGGGAGUGAGUGGCCAGUGCAGUGCACAUGCCAGUCCUCUAAGUGGCGCUGUAUCACUGUAUCCGCUCAAAAAAACGACAAACAAGGCCACUUGCUGAGCUUCCACUCUGCAGAGUGUUUGUUGUGUUCAUCCCAGGUUUAUGUUCUGACAGUAUUCUUUGGAGUGUAGUGAUGUGAACAGCUACGACGAUGAGUCAAGACGCCUCGAGCUAGUUGAAUUUAAGUGGGCAGGUUGGUGCAAAAUAAAAGAGUCAUCAGCACAAGGGUUUUCAAUACAAAUUUUAUUAAAAAGUGACAUGUUCCCUUCAAAAAGCGUGAUUUGCUGCACUGGAGCUUUGUGGUCUGCUAGAUAAAAACUUUGGCUGAUCACAACUGAAAGGCAAAGAGCUUCAAAAACACACAAAGAUACACACAAAAGGUAUGACGUCAGCGCACGCUUCCCUCCUGAACCAACAUUCAGUAGUGAGCGAUAUCGGGGAGUGUUCCACUAAUAAUAUAGUGUACAGGACAGUACAAUAUCAAACACAACAAAAUAUGGUUUGACGGUCUCCAGAUGGGCCUCACACUUCAUUGAUGUUCCUGUUUUGUUUUCUGUGGGAAAAUAUCAGUGCAUCGUUUUAGGGUCGUGGUUGGAGCUGGACCCACCGAUUCGAUAAAUAGCAAGCUUGAGGGGGGACAUUGCACACGUUUCUUUUUCAUGAGGCAGACGUUGCUCAGACACCCUGGACGUUCAUGGCGUCCUGCGGCCAGCUAUACGUGUCCAGGGUGAAGGAGUCAUAGUCGGGGCUGUAGAUGUGAGACAAGACAAAGGCCUCCUUGUCUUUGGGUUCCGGGUACACAGAGGCGAUGUUGUGUUGGUAGGCGUACUUGACCAGCUGGAGGGAGGAAACGCAGGAGACUGGUGAGCUUUCCCCUUCAGCCAAGCUUGAGUCAAGUCAUUUCUGUCUAUUUCGGGCGGACAGAGAGUUUGGCAGCCAUUUUUUCCUUCAUUGCCCUUUUUUUACAUGGCAAUCACGAUAAUUAAUCAUUCAUGGGUGUCAGAAUAAUAACUCCACCAACUUCUAUUGGACUUUAUUAACCAUUUGAAAACAACUUUGACUCAAAAGAGUUAAAUUUGGUCCAAAUUAUUCUCUAACAAUCAGAAUCAGAAUCAAAUGUAUUGCCAAGGUCAGUGGGGAUCCCACCAACUAGGAAAGUGCUUCGGAAUAAAGUGCUGUCAAUAAAAAAAAAAAAAAAGACUCUCAUUGACUCUGCAUUUGACAGUGACUGAAAUAGCGGUUUUAAAAAAACAUUUGUGGGUUUCCUCAAGGCUCAACUUCAGUCCCGCUUUCAUUCAAAAGUGUCGCUACAGAAGCGACUCUCACCUUCACGGCGAUCUUGAAGGACACUUCUCUGAUGGUGUUGAGUGGAGGAUACAGUCUUCCCUCCGCCAGGUUUUCCUCCGUAACCAUGUCAGCUAUCGCCUGGACCACAGAUAGCAUGGGCUGAUAAGACACCACUUCAACCAUAGAGAGCAGUAAAGCAGUAAAUAUCCGCCAGCACUAUCGAGCUGUUAUCUGGACUGACUGGCUGGACGCUUUCAGUCGAGACAAGCAAGAGUUCACAAGGAGCAUUGCAUCUGCCGUCACAGGGUGAAAAAGAAACUACUCUCCAUCAACACCAUAAUGUUGUGGCUAGUUAUCGUAUCAUGAGGCUCAGCUAUAAAAGAUGAAUGAGAUAAGCAGAGCACCUCAGCCGUGGUGAGGAAGACAUCAUCCGAUAUGUGUCGGACUCCGCAGGCGAUCACUCCCAGGGCCACUCCAGGGAAGACGUAGGCGUUGUUACCCUGACCGGGAUAGAAGGUGCGGCCGUCUGCCAGAGUCACCUUGUCGAAGGGGCUUCCACAGGCAAAUAUACCACGACCCUGAACACAGACAGGAAGAUGAGGACUGCAGGCUGUGAUGACGCCCGCGCUGCCACUGGCCUGGUUUCUUCAGCUGCACAGCAUGACCCCUAACUUGUGUGGAAUGUGAACUACGACCCGGCCGGGCGAUGACUUCUCACCUGGGUCAGCUGGUAGCACUGCUCGGCGGUGCACUCCGCCUUGCUGGUGGGGUUACUGAGGGCGAAGAUGAUGGGCCUCUCGUUGAAGGAAGCCAUGUCCUGGAUGAUCUUCUCAGUGAAGGCUCCUCCGAUAGCAGCCACUCCUGCGGGAGCGGCGCCAGAAAGACAAGUUUAGGAGUCACACAAGCGGAACAUCAUGGCAUUAGAGUCGCAGAGGUCAUGACUGUAAGCAGGAUUUAUCAACCAGAUUGCAGCCAUGC